AUGAAUAUUUGAUUCAUUAAAGGGUUUUUAGGAGGUUUUAUGCAGCCAUGGGAGGAGGUUUUUCUCAAAGUCGCGGACCCGAGUCCCCACCAGACUCGUCGAUACCCAGAAAUUCCGACAAUUCAGAGUCUUCGAGUUCUGGCAUGUCCUCUCCGGAAGCUAAACGCGUGGAAUCAUCUCCAGAGACGAAGACCCUAGAAACCCCGGUACCAGCGUCGGAUUCAUCAAUUGACGAAAAAUCAAGUGAAUCGAAGAAUGUAAAAGAAGGUGAGAAUGAUGUAGAAGCACAGGAAGGAGCAAGAGAAGGAGAAGAAGAGGAAGGUGAGUGCGGAUUUUGCUUGUUCAUGAAGGCAGGGGGCUGUAGAGAUAGUUUUGUAGAUUGGGAGAAUUGCAUUGACGAGGCGGAAAGGAGCAAGGAGGACAUUGUGGAUAAGUGUUUCGAGGUCACUGGGGCCUUGAAGAAGUGUAUGGAGGCUCAUGCCGAUUACUAUGGGCCUAUUUUGCGGGCUGAGAAAGCGGCUGAGGAGGAGGUCAAGAAGGAAUUGGAGAAGGAGAAGAAAGAGGAAGGAGAGGUGGCUGACAAGGAAGCAAAGAAGCCUUUUGAUUCACAGGAUUCGGGUAAUCAAUGAGACGUUCAGGUGAUUUUUUAUUUGUAGUAUAAUUAUUUUUGUUAGGGAUUCCUAAUAGAGGAUGAAAGAUCACCAGAACUGGGAAUUUUUGGCUUGUGUUGAUAGUUCUUCUUGUUGAAUAACUUGAAUACAACUACAAGUCAUUAUCCUUCUUAGUAUUUCAGUUAUUGAUUGGUGCCUUGGGCAUUCUGGGUUUAGGAAAUUUAUUUGGUUUGGA